CACUAAAGCAAUGCAUACCAAAACUUUUCUUUCUUCAUGCAUCGUACUUUUUCUUUUGUUCUCACUUUCAUCUUUCAAUGUUGUUGUGGCUAGAAAUGGAGACAAAUCCGGGAACCCAUUUACGCCAAAAGGUUAUCUGAUUAGAUACUGGAAGAAACAUGUGUCAAAUGACUUACCAAAGUCAUGGUUUCUUCUCAACAAGGCAUCCCCACUGAAUGCUGCACAAUAUGCAACUUACACUAAACUUGUUGCUGAUCAAAAUGCACUCACCACACAACUUCAAUCCUUUUGCUCUUCAGCAAAUCUCAUGUGUGCACCAGAUUUGUCACCAAGUCUCGAAAAACACACAGGAGAAAUCCACUUUGCCCCUUACGGCAACAAAAACUUCACCAAUUACGGAACCAAAGAAGCUGGAAUCGGAGUGAACUCCUUCAAAAACAAUACUGAGGAAGGAAAUCUCCCUACGAAUUCUUUCAGGCGCUACGGUAGAGAUUCUCCCCGUGAUAAUCAAUUUGACAACUACGGCCCUGAUGGCAAUACACCUGUCCAAAGUUUCAACAGCUAUAGCACAAAGGCAAAACUAAGCUAG